GUGAAUACAGUUCAAUGCUCACCAGAAAAAUCCAUUAAAGACUAUCUAAAAAAUAGUCAAGAUCCUCAAUCACCAACUCCUGCUGAUGGAUUAUCCUAUCUUCCUUUUGAAAAACAAAAAUUUGUUAAAUUGAGGAAUAUACAAAGAUUUAAAAUGUGGCAUGCCGCUAGACAACAAGAAAAAAAAAUUAAGGAGUUGAUGGUAGAUCAUAAGAAAAGGGCUGAGCGUAGAAGAGCUUAUUAUGAGUCCAAGCUUGGAGAUCCCAAUCAAUUACUUCGUCUUACUGGCAAUGCAACCAAGCUACAUCCUGAUGCCGAACAACAUUUUUAUUACGAAAAUUCUGAUAAAUCCCUAAUGUUAUGGCAAGGAGAUAAUGAAACAAGAAUUGAUAGAUUUGAUGGACGAGCUUUAUUGGAUUAUUUACCUUUGAAUGAUCCAAAUGUUUUAAAUAUGCCAACAGAUGAACGUGAUUUUCAAGAAGAAUUGAAUUUUGAAAGAUUUCGCGAUUUGGUUGAAAAUGAACGUCGUAAUGUUACUGAAUCUGAGUGUCUUGAAGAUAUCGAAGCUGACUGGUCUAGCCUUUUGGAAAGACACAAAGCAAUGAUGAAGAAAUUACAAGAAAAACCCGAAAUUAGUAAUAAAUUUGGUUACAAUUAUGAAUCUGAAAAACAAGAAGAGAUUGCGAGCGAAGAUGAAGAAGAAUUAAAUCUCAUAGAUGAUAUCCUUUAA